AUGGUCAACGACUUAAUUCAGGCGGUCUUGGAGGAUACAUAUAUGAUGGAGGACAAGAAGUUGGCUUUCAUGAGCGAGAACAAAAUUAAACCGUUCCUUGCCGCCGAUGGCACACGAUAUAAAAAGAUGCUCAGCCUCAAUGAACGAACUGGAUCAUUGAAUAUUCAAAACAUGUGCUUGGAGUGUGAGAAUGAGACUUUGCAGUAUCACGGACGAAAUACCGAAAUUGACAAAAAGGGCCAUGACCUUCUUUCGGCAUGGCCGUAA